GAGUUUUUAACGUCCUUGCUUGGAAAAUCUUGCCACCUCUAUCCUCCUGGUAUGAAAAUACACCAAACAAAAACCCCAUUGUCUGUUAUGUGACUUUUCUUUGUCCUAGAGCAACUGAUUUUUCUCUUUCUGCUGAAUAUUUAUGUUCCAUCUCUCAUACUGUUAGAGAGGUGUUUUGUUUGUUUGUUUGUUUGUUUUGAACUAUGGGAUCAGAAGAAUUGCAUUGGGGGAACAUUUGGAACCUUUUCCUCUUGAAGACACAACUGUCUUCUCUUUAGAUUAUCUGGAGACAGAGUAGACAGAGCUAAAUGGUCUUUCAGUGAGAAUCUUGAAAUGUCUCUUUUAGCUGUCUCUCUGUUCCUUUAUAUUACAAAGUAGUUUAAUAGGAUAUUAAAGAAUUGAACAUGUAUUUAACAAAGGAGAGAUAAUUUUCUUGUUGACAUCCCAAAUUCCUAUCCAUAUGACUGAGUCUUGUAAGGUAGAACUAAGGCCCUUGAGACUUUGCUGAGGGAGACAGCCUACUUAAAAAUGUUCAAGGUCAGGUGUUUUUUCUGUUUUUUUUUUUCCCCUGUGGGAUUUUGUUGGGUACUUUGGUACAAAAACUGUAAUUUACUCUGUAAUCAAAGCUGAGAUCAAAGGAGAGUGCUGUUACCUGAGGUCACUCAGCAUGAAAGUGGAUGUCGUUAAGAUUUAGAUUUAAAAUAAAAAUUUUUUUCUUUGUAAAAUAACUUGGUAUUGAAACCUGAGUUUUAUAACAGCAGAAUACCAUUUGAGUAAAGCCCUCAAAUUGUAGUGGUAACUGGAAUACCUCUUAGAUCUUUUUAAAUAUAUGAUAAAAAGCAGCAACUAAAUUGGAUUCUUCAUUUAUCAAAUGUAAAAGGAAGUAGUUUCUGUCUUUGUCCUCAGGAGGUUUCCUGCUCCUAAAGUGUACGAAUAUUUGGAAAUUGAAUAGAAAAAUAGGUUUUGUCUUCUGAGGAAUAGAAGAAAGCACUUUUUAAAAGUGCAUUGCUUGAGUUUUAUGGAGACUUACCUCUGAAUUUUGUGAUAAAUUUGAUAUUAAGAAGACUUGAAAUAAUGCUCUCUGAUCUUUAUUUCAGAGAAACUGACUCCUGAGGAUGUGAAAAGCUAUCAUGGUUUUUAAGUGGAAAGGCUUAAGAAGGGAAUGAGAAUUUUUCUGAAAAUCAGGGACUCUGAAGAACACAGAUGGUGAGGUAUAUGAGUGACCUAAAGCUGCAGAUUAAAAAGGAAAGAGAGCAGUGCCAACUGCAAACAGGGCAAGGAUGCCAAUUCCUCCUCCCCCUCCACCACCCCCUGGUCCUCCUCCACCUCCCACUUCUAAUCAGGCCAACACUGAGCUGCCCAAGCUGAGUAGAGAUGAGCAGCGUGGUCGAGGUGCUCUCUUACAGGACAUCUGCAAAGGGACCCGGCUGAAGAAGGUGACCAACGUUAAUGAUCGGAGCGCUCCCCUCCUCGAGAAACCCAAAGGAAGCAGUGGUGGUUAUGGCUCUGGAGCAGCUGCCCUGCAGCCCAAGGGAGGUCUCUUCCAAGGAGGAGUGCCCAAGCUCCGCCCUGUGGGAGCCAAGGACGGUUCAGAGAACCUAGCUGGCAAGCCAGCCCUACAAGUCCCCAGUUCUCGAGCUGCUGCCCCAAGGCCUCCGGGGUCUACAGCCAGCGGGCGCCCUCAGGAUGAUACAGACAGCAACCGAGCCUCACUCCCAGAACUGCCCCGGAUGCAGAGACCCUCGUUACCGGACCUCUCUCGGCCUAAUACCACCAGCAAUACGGGCAUGAAGCACAGCUCCUCCGCCCCUCCUCCGCCUCCCCCGGGGCGGCGUGCCAACGCCCCCCCUACGCCUCUGCCUGUGCACAGCAGCAAAGCCGCAGCCUACAACAGAGAGAAGCCCCUGCCACCCACACCUGGACAGCGGCUUCACCUUGGUCGAGAGGGACCUCCCGCUCCACCCCCAGUCAAGCCGCCUCCUUCCCCUGUGAAUGUCAGAACAGGACCAGGUGGCCAGUCUCCAGCUCCUCCGCCUCCGCCUUACCGCCAGCCUCCCGGGGUCCCCAAUGGACCCUCCAGUCCCACUAACGAGUCAGCCCCUGAGCUGCCACAGAGACACAAUUCUUUGCAUAGGAAGACACCAGGGCCUGUCAGAGGCCUAGCGCCUCCUCCACCCACCUCAGCCUCCCCUUCUUUACAGAGUAAUAGGCCACCUCCCCCAGCCCGAGACCCUCCCAGUCGGGGAGCAGCUCCUCCACCCCCGCCACCCAUGAUCCGAAAUGGUGCCAGGGAUGCCCCCCCUCCCCCCCCACCGUACCGAAUGCAUGGGUCAGAACCCCUGAGCCGAGGAAGGCCCCCACCUCCACCCUCAAGGACGCCAGCUGGGCCCCCCCCACCGCCUCCACCACCCCUGAGGAAUGGCCACAGAGAUUCUAUUACCACUGUCCGAUCUUUCUUGGAUGACUUUGAGUCGAAGUAUUCUUUCCACCCAGUAGAAGACUUUCCUGCUCCAGAAGAGUAUAAACACUUUCAGAGAAUAUAUCCCAGCAAAACAAACCGAGCUGCCCGUGGAGCCCCACCUUUGCCACCCAUUCUCAGGUGAAGCCUGGCUUGGUCCUGUUCCUCAGGAAAAGGAUGGACCCUCUCCUCUUCUCAGAUGGUCCCUUCCAUUCUCCCUGAAACCUGCAUGACAGCUCCUAACGUGUUUCUCCAGUGCAACCAACCUCGAGACUCCAAGCGUCCACCCAGCUCACCUCCAUCUAUGCAUCUCGUCUCUGGACUUGGUGACCGGACUCUUUAUAUUGACAGUAGGGUCUCAAACCCUGCAUCCAUCCCUCCUCUUGCAAGCCCUGCUGGCCAGAUGAGGAAAAAGAUUCCAUGUCUCCUGCUUCCCUCUGGGGAAAGGUGCCUUGUUGUGAUGAAUGAACUCAUUGUCGGGGCGGGGUGGAGAAUGGUACUCCUACCUUCUCCUACCCAUUGUGGGGGGAGCUUGGUGGGUAUAUUAUAUUUCAUCAUUUUAGGAGGCUGGCAUGGCCAGGACUUCUGGGGGUGGGCAUUUUUAGUGAAAUGGGAAAGGAGUUUGCAGAGAAGUGAUCUGUUUUAAAGGUCAAGUUUAGAGCAUGGGCAAGGAAGUGGGUCUGCUUUAUUUUUAGGGGUAUUUUGGCUUUGCCCUCACCCCACCCCACGCUUAUACCCAGAAAUAGGUUGGAUAUAAACACUAAAUACUAAUCAAUUGAACUAAACAUCUAAUAAAAAGAGAGGGUGAAGUAAACUGGGGGUCCUUUUAGAGCUAGUCAGUUCCUCUGCGUCACAGGGACCAGGAGCCAUGUGAGCCCUCUGGGGCUCCCUGCUCCAUUUCUUCAGGUGCUGAGGCUGAGGGAUGUUUUUCCUCCUCUCACCACCUAUCCCCUCAAGAGAAAAGUCCCUUUCAUUCAUUCAUUAUGGAUUCAGAAACCCCCAAAACCUCUAGUGAGAGAUAGGAAGAUAGGACCUUGGCCUUGGCCUUAACCUUGACCUUGAGGCUGCCUCAGUCUUCUCUGCUUGGCCCUGAAGGCCACUGGCCCUUUCAUCCCUGUUCAGAAACUUCAGCCCUUGAUGGGUGCUCCAGGAUGACGAAGAAGGGAAGGGUGAAGCACCUUGUGGAAGGGACCAGCUCUGCGGGCUGUGAAUGGCUUUAACUGAGGCCCACUCGUUGUGAAGUUCAUAGCCCGUCUGAGUGAGCAGGCUCUUCCUGUUCCCUUCUGCACCACUCAACCCCAAGACUGCAGGGGUUAGCACAGCAGAGUAGAGAAGGGUGAGGAAGCUUAUGGGGGUAGUCAAAGAUUCCUCUGCCAAAAGCACAAGGACUUUGGUGCGGUGUGCCUCAGUCCAGUUGAUCUUCCCUGGCAGCCAGCAAUAUGUUGUUUCGUCUUCCAGGUCCUAGUUAAAGAGCACAGAGAAAAUGGAGGUUCCCAGUCUAGGUAGGAACUGAGCUUGGAUCGUGGUACAGGGACUUCGCCUUCUCCAACAGCAUGAUGGAGCUCCUGGGCUCCACAUCCAGCUGGUUUGGUUUGCUAAAGCUCUUGUCAAGUGCAGAGGCUGCUCAAAGCUUGAAGUGAGAGCAAAGGAGCUUUCAUCAGUUACAUCACAGGCUUAAACUGCCCUAGGGACCUUUCCUAUCUGUUGGAUCACAGACGAAGGAUCUGUACAUGGUUCCCAGUGAAACCCAAGUCCUCCCAGUGCUAGAUGAGAGAGCUCUCAACUUGAGUUAUUUAUCUGGGGUCUGCGAUCCUUUGCCAUCCCCUGGACCAUAUUGACUGUUGGGGCAAACCAUGAUUAGGUCUGUGACCACGCUUUUUCUAAUCAUUCUUUAUUUAUCAUUCUUAUUUUCAAAUCUGUUAGCAGUUACCUCCCAGCAGUAUCCCCCCAGCAUCCUGAAGCCAGUGGAGCUUAGAGAGAGGAUGCUAGUGGAGGGAAAAGGAGAAAGUACAAGACUUGAUACUGCAGCAGAGUUCCAGGGUAGAUGCUGACCCCAGUUACUGAACUUGGACUGUGAAGUCUUCCCAUUUAUUUUUGAAAUGGGAGUUGAUGCCUUUUGUACAAUGUUAUCAAAGCGUAUCUCUUUUCCCCUCACUCCUCAAACAUAGAGCAUCGAAAUGAGCAUCACAUGUAAAAGCCAAACCCCAGCUUUUCACUGGGGCUACUAUCUUCCUCCCGUAUGACCUGCUGCCCCUCAUAUUCCCCAGCAUUUGGACUGUGUCACGUGGGUAUUGACUGUAUUUUCAUUUUCUUGGCCUCAUGGAAAAAGGCCUGGGACUAGAUCUAGUCAGAUGGAUUUUCUUCUUCAGAGCAUGUUGAUGACACAGUACCUAUUUAAAUGUCUUUGCCUUAUACCCGAUUUGGUCCCUGUGUUAAUAACAGAUUUAUUAUCAUGUAUAUUUACUAUUGAUGAAUGGGAAUGUGAGCCUCAUAGUUACUGAUCUAUUUUGUAUGCUGUAAAAAGCUUGUAAUAUAGGUUUGAGGUGGGCUGGCUACAAGAGCACUAAAACUUCUCACCUUUUAAACUGCUCUUUUUAUCUGCUUGUGGGAAUGUCAUCUCUUCAGUGGAAGACUGGGUGGUCUCACGUUGAGGCUGUCGCCCAGUCCCAUUAACCCCCUUAUCCCUUCCCAGAAGGAAGAGACAUUGCCCAGCUAGGCAGCAAGAAGCUGUGUUAAAAGCCCUCGUGUGGGUUUGGUUUUAUGAUGUUUUUCUCGGGUGGGAAAAACUUCAUAGUUGUUUCUUACCGCCCUUUCUGGGAAGCAGGCCAGUGGUCUGCAGGUUUUUAAAUGAGCUAGAUGCCCCUCUCCCCGCCUCCUCUGGUCCCCAGACCUGGAUCGCAGCACUGUGGUGCUCCAGGUGUGGUUUGCUCUAUCGUGGGGGUUUCCUCCAGCUGCAGAGGCCCAGCGCUUUCCCAGCUGGGCCCGCAGAGUGAGAGCGCUUAGGGGCUAUCCCACCCAGCAGACAUGAGGCUGCUGUCUCCAAAAAUUCAUCCCAGCCCUCUGAACUGGCAAAGGCAAGGAGACUAGCCACUGACCAUUGCCCUGGGGGCAUCCCCUCACCCCACAGCUUCCCCUCUUGAAACCUAAAUUUACCUCCAGGGAGAGGUGAGAUAAAAUUGUAAAUAGACUUGCUACAGAGCAACUCAGGGUUGGGGUGUGUUUUAAUUCUCCUGAUCACUUGAAAUAAUCUGUAGGCUGAGUGCUUAUGGGAGUGGGGGUGAAGUGUGACUCCAGGGUCCUUCCCUUCUGCAAAGCUCUGGGGGUGGAGUAGAGGGCAUCUGAGGCCCUUUGAUGGCACUACACUGAGCUGUCUGUUCUUCUGGAAACCCAACCUACAAUCAACUGCAAAUCAGAUUCCUCACAUUCCAGUUGUAGUCUUUCUUUCCCUGUUGAAUCUCAGUCCCUGGCUGUACGUGGUCAAGGUGGCUUUCUGUGAGCCACCCUACUUUAGGGAAUGGGAGGCAUUACAGCUCUGCCUUCGAGACUCGUCUCUUAAAAGCAAAGUGAAGCAAAACUACAACCACCUUCAAAACACAUACAGAAAAAAAAAGGAUAAUUUUAACCAAAGGAAGGGUUUGGUUCCAUUCAACUCCACAUUCAUUGUGCCUUUACUUGUGUUAGAUUUCUGUGCUUUCUUCCUCUCUCCCUCUUUGAAGCAAUUAAAAUCUUCCUUGAUAACUGCUGUUUCCUUCUUUCUCCUCUUGUCUGACAACUUAGUGGGUUCCCUCUCUAAUGGUCUUAAAUCUCAUUCCACUGGUGGCAGAGGGGCCGAGCCUUCUCUUCUCACGUCUAACCCUUGUCCUUUUCCACGGCGACCAGCAUGGGAGCCAUCGUCAACACUGAAUAAAAGACUAGAGUGACGUGCAUGAAGAGUGUAUGUAUGUAUGUGUGCGUCCAUCUUUGUCUGCAUGUGGAUUGGUUUCUUUUCUUCUAAAAAAUAAUUUAUUGUAUGAUUUAUUUUGGAGUUGUUUCUGAUUACAGGGCUCCCUCUCCCAAUUAGCAUUGAUUUCUUUACCCCCUUCUACAGUGUAUAAUCCGGUCUCAGGUUGGAUUCUUUGGUACAUUUCUUUCUUCUGGAUGCCGUGCAGUUUAAUUAAACCUUGCUUAAAAACAAAAGCAAAAAACCUGAAAACUGUGUAGUCUUGUCUGGAAUACCACCACAAGUGGUGGCAUAGAAGAGAGAAAAUCUGUUGCCUCCGGUUAGGGUACUGGUUUGACUCCAGAUCCUCUGAGGAAGUAGAAAUACUAACUUGGGCAGAAGCACCUGCAGUUUCCUCGGAGUUUUCUCUCCUCCCCUCCCGCUGUGUUUUGAAAGUCACAGUUCCAGUUAGCCAGGCUGACUGGGUGAUUCUGAUAGAGUUGGUCAUUAUUUAUAUUUGCCACCUAACUCCCCUUUGCCCAUGAUUCCAGGGAACUCAGGAGACCCCCUGGCCUUGUGUCCUUUCCUUAUAUCCCUAAUGCUUCUUUCCACCUGUCUGUGUCGUAGAUUCUCACACUGAAGUGUGAAGAAAAGGUGAGGGCAGAACACGCAGACUGUGUCUGUUUUUAUGUGGGUGUUGCCUUUUUUUCUUCACUGCUUAAGUUGAAAUCUUAGCUGGCUUUCUUGAACUUUGACUAUAGGUGUCAGAAUUGAACCAGACAUUCUCUGCUUACUGUGGUCAGCUGACGUAAUCACCACUAAGAUUUAAUGAGCUUAAUCUACACUUUCAUCACUAGCAAAGGUCUUGAAAUUAUUUCCCGUACUGGUUCAUAAUAGGUGUGUGUAUGAGCCACUCUCACACAGUUUGAUAUAAAAACCUAUGAGGGUGCGGGAGCGAGGGGAAAAAAGGGCCUCCUUUCAUUUUCAUCCAUAUUUGCCAGGUUGGCUGAAUUCCUGAUUCUUUGACCCAUCAUUGUUAUUAAUAUGAUUAAUAAACUACCUAUUUAUUGAUUUAA